AUGAGCGACGAACCAAACCUAGUCGUCCCGAAAUUCCAGCAGAAUUUGGCGGAUUUUCUGGCUUUCGAUGAGUACAUAUUCCUGUAUGACAUUCAGGAGAGUCAGAUUGACUCCUUUCUUCAAUAUCUUCAAGAACAAGCCGGUGUAUCGGAGGUAGUCACACAGGAGGAAUGUGGCGGAGAAAGGGUCAUUGCGUCUGAUGACGAGGAGGAGGAGAAGGAGGAGGCAGUAGAGAUGAAGACAGGAGGUAUGGAGACGGAGAUCGAGGAAGGUGAAGAUAAGGCAGAGACGGUAGUCACACAGAAGGAGAAUGCCGGAGACAGGGUCAUGGCGGCUGAUGAGAAGGAGGAGGAGGUCGAAGAGGCAGAGGAGGAGGUGAAAGCAGAAAAGAUGAAGACAGAACAUAUUAUGGAGAAGGAUAUGGAGGCAGAGGACGAGAAAUCAGAGAAGCCUGUGGUAGCUGAGGUGGAGCAGGUGGAGGAAGCUGAUGAACAGAAAGAGAGCAUGGAGGAGAAGACAGAAGAGGGGCACAUGGUUGCUCAGGGACUAGUUAUGGCUGAAGAGAGGGUGGAGGCAAAGGAGGAGAUGAUGGCUGAGGAGGAGGAGGAGGUGAAGGCAGAAGAGGAACUUACAGAGGAUAAAGAGGAGCAGGAGGUAGUGGAGAAGGAGCAGAUGAAUGUUGAGGACGAUCAGGGAGUAGCUGCUGCUACGGAACAAACUGUGGCAGUCGACGGCGAAAAGAUCGAAGCUGAGGGGAAACUGGUAAUGGCCGAUGAGAAGGCACAUGAUAUGUCUCUGGCAUCGGAGCUUGGGGAUCCUGAGGAAGAGGAGAUGCCGUUAGAAAAAGAACAGUUUCUGGCUGAUGGGGCACAGACUGAGGAAGAAGAGCAUGUCAAGGCCGAGAGCAAAGACUCCGAGGCGAAUGAGGAGGAAGAGAUAGCGGCCGAUGAGGAGCAGUCAAUGGCUGCAGCUGAGGGGAUGGUUGAGGAGGGGAAUGCCAAGAAGACGUGUGCAGAUGAGCAAUCAUGGACAGGGGAAGAGCAAGUAGAGAUUGAUGAAGAAAUAAGGUUGAAGGAUGGCAAACGGACGGAGGAGAAUCUGGGGAAGUCAGAGGAGCAGAUGAAGACUGAGAAGCUGAAGGCAAAUGAAGAGCAGGAGGAGGAGGGGGAUGAGAAGAUUCCUAUCGUGUCAUCUAGAAGGAGAACGAAGUGGUGGAAACUACUUUGUUGUUUUGGUUGGAGGUGGCGGAGGAGGCGCUCAUAA